CCUCCAAAACCGCCGCUCAUUUUCCAAGCCAGCGGCACCCUAGGAGGAGAGAGUUUUUGUUCCUGAAUCUGCUCUCUUUUUCUCCCCUCGGAAAUUCGUUCCAUAUUAUCUAUUUAUAUAUUACUGAGUAGAAUCUAUUAAUAUUUCUUAUUGGCACGCGAAAUCCUGAUCGUUAGUCUCUUCCAAAAGAAAACCCCCGCCCCGAAACUAUGCGAAUUCUCGCAUCAUCGUCGACCCCUCCGUUGCGCCUUCUGUCCACACGACCGCUAGCGAGGUUAGAAAGCAGGCGGUCUUUAUGCAAUCAGUGCUGGCAAAAGUCCGGGCGGCCACGGGGAGCGGCAAGGACUUCGGCCGCGGCCAGUUUCUUUGCGACGACACGGCCAAACACGCGAUUACGGCGCUAUUCGCGCUCACGAUCGUAUGCGACGGUGGGAAAUGCGACAGUUGAGAAGGCGCAUGUUGCCGACAACGUCGGCCCAAUACAGGAAUAUGACAAGCGUGUCGCGGCAGGCCGACUGCGGGAAGACGAGCAUCAAAGGGGCAUUAUCCAGAGCCUACAACACUUACACGAUGACCUUGUCCACUACCAAGCGCGCCCUGUCGUACACCCGACCCUCGAGUCGCUGAAACCUACAAAGUCGAUGUUCGGUGGGUGGUUUGGGUCGGGUAAGAGUAAAAGUCCUAUCCAGGACAUCCCUUCCGAUCUUCCCCAGGGACUAUAUCUCUUUGGAGACGUGGGAAGUGGAAAAACCAUGCUGAUGGACUUGUUUUACGACACACUCCCGAGUGCCGUCAAAACAAAGACGAGGAUACACUUUCAUAACUUUAUGCAGGAUGUACACAAGCGGAUUCACCGUAUGAAGAUGGAGCAUGGGAACGAGAUAGAUGCCGUGCCUUUCGUCGCAGCCGAUAUCGCAGACCAGGCCAAUGUGCUGUGUUUUGACGAGUUUCAGUGUACUGAUGUGGCCGAUGCUAUGAUUCUGCGCAGGUUGCUGGAGUCACUCAUGUCGCAUGGAGUCGUCCUGGUCACGACAUCCAACCGACACCCGGAUGAGCUGUAUAAAAAUGGCAUCAACCGCGAGUCGUUUAUCCCAGCCAUCAAUAUCCUGAAAGCGCGUCUGCACGUCAUCAACCUCGACUCGCCUACCGAUUACCGCAAGAUCCCUCGGCCUCCGUCUGGAGUAUACCACACUCCCCUUGACAGUCACGCGGCAACCCACGCCGAGAAGUGGUUCCACUUCCUCGGUGACCGCGAAGAUCCUGAGCCUCGAUCCGAAAUCCAGAAGGUCUGGGGUCGGGAAAUCCACGUCCCACGCGUGAGCGGCCGGUGUGCGUGGUUUACAUUCAACGAACUCAUCGGGAAGGCCACCGGAGCCGCCGAUUACCUCGAGCUGAUGCGCAGCUACGAGGCAUUCAUCAUCACCGAAGUCCCUGGCAUGACGUUCCGGGAGCGCGACCUCGCGAGGAGAUUCAUCACGUUUAUCGACGCCGUGUAUGAAUCGCACGCUAAACUCGUUCUGACCACCGCCAAGCCCCUGACGCAACUCUUCCUUUCGGCUGACGAGAUGAGGGAGUCGCUCGAGAAGAACGGGAAUGCCACGGACGAGGAUGACGGCAUGCGGGCUGUGCUGGAAGAUAUGAACAGCAAUAUAGAGCAGCUGAAGGAGUCGAAUAUGUUCUCGGGCGACGAGGAGAGAUUUGCUUUUAUCAGGGCACUGUCGAGAUUGACGGAGAUGGGCAGUCGGGAAUGGGUCGAGCGAGGCAUGGGGUUGGAGAGCCAUGGAGGCAAGAAGGAUCGUGAUGAUUGGAACAAGGUCCGCAGUAGGCAAAUGGAGGACUCGAUGUGAGUAGUGUAUACCAGAGAAUGGUUGGUCCAGAAGGAUUACACUUUGGAAGCCUGGGCUGGUGCAUUACAUUGGCUAGAUCGACAUCAUCCGUUAUUACUUGGAAGCACCUGAUUAGCAUUUGCGUAUACCAGUUGCGCUUUUAUCCUUAGAAUAGCAUGGUAUGUAUUUUGGAUAUUGCUGCUGCCUGUCACAACGAUACUGGACAACACAAUUUAUUGAGAAAUCUCGAGCA